UGGCGGCGGCGUUGGUGGCGGCAGUGGACGGGGCGGCUGGGCCUGGAACAGUUGGAGCAUCCGCUGGCAGAAGGAUGACCCUAGAUGGGAAGCGGGCUGCCGGGCCUCGCCAGCUCCCGUGCUUGUAACUGCCCCAGCCGGACGCCCUCCCCUUGACCUACCGGUUCUUCAGCGAACCUUCAGACCAGUUUUCUCAGGAUCGUGGGCCAGACUUCGGUCGGCGAUAAAAACAGCAAGGCUGGCUACCAUAUUCAAGAUGUCCAGUAAAAGGCCCAGCACAGAUGGGAGAAGAGACUUGGCUAACGGAAGCCUGUCUAGCAGUCCAGAAGAAAUGUCUGGAGCUGAGGAAGGGAGGGAAACAUCUUCGGGGAUUGAAGUAGAGGCCUCAGACCUGAGUUUGAGCUUGACUGGGGACGAUGGUGGCCCCAACCGCACCAGCACAGAAAGUCGUGGCACAGACACAGAGAGCUCAGGUGAAGAAAAGGACUCUGACAGCAUGGAGGACACAGGCCAUUAUUCCAUCAACGAUGAAAACCGAGUUCACGGCCACUCAGAUGAAGAGGAGGAGGAGGAGCAACCUCGGCACCGCGUCCAGCGCAAACGGGCCAGCCGUGACCAGGACUCAUCAGAUGAUGAGCGAGCCCUGGAAGACUGGGUAUCUUCAGAGACAACAGCUUUACCCGGCCUGCGCUGGCAGCCUUCCUGCGCAGGGGCCGGGGUGGGUUCAAGUGCCGCCGUGUAUGAGGCUUGUGGAGCAGAGUCUUUGCCUGGCGUUUUCCGCCUGCAGCAUGGGCUUGAGGGCCAUACAGGUUGUGUCAAUACUUUGCACUUUAACCAGCGUGGCACCUGGCUGGCCAGUGGCAGUGAUGACCUGAAGGUGGUAGUGUGGGAUUGGGUGCGGCGGCAGCCCGUACUGGACUUUGAGAGUGGCCACAAAAGUAAUGUCUUCCAGGCCAAGUUCCUUCCUAACAGUGGUGACUCCACCCUGGCUAUGUGUGCCCGGGAUGGGCAGGUCCGAGUCGCAGAACUGUCUGCUACACAGUGCUGCAAGAACACCAAGCGUGUGGCCCAGCACAAGGGAGCAUCCCACAAGUUGGCCCUAGAACCAGACUCUCCCUGCACGUUCCUGUCGGCUGGUGAAGAUGCCGUUGUCUUCACCAUUGACCUAAGACAAGACCGGCCAGCUUCGAAACUGGUGGUGACAAAAGAGAAGGAGAAGAAAGUGGGUCUGUAUACAAUCUACGUGAACCCUGCCAAUACCCACCAGUUUGCAGUGGGUGGACGAGAUCAGUUUGUUAGGAUUUAUGACCAGAGGAAAAUUGAUGAGAAUGAGAACAAUGGUGUCCUGAAAAAAUUCUGUCCUCACCACUUGGUGAACAGUGAGUCCAAAGCAAACAUCACCUGUCUUGUGUACAGCCACGACGGCACAGAGCUCCUGGCCAGUUACAAUGAUGAAGACAUUUACCUUUUCAACUCUUCUCACAGUGAUGGGGCCCAGUAUAUUAAGAGAUAUAAAGGUCAUAGAAAUAAUGCUACAGUAAAAGGCGUCAAUUUCUAUGGCCCCAAGAGUGAGUUUGUGGUGAGCGGUAGUGACUGUGGUCACAUCUUCCUCUGGGAGAAGUCAUCUUGCCAGAUCAUUCAGUUCAUGGAAGGGGACAAGGGAGGUGUGGUAAACUGUCUUGAGCCCCAUCCUCACCUACCUGUUUUGGCAACCAGUGGCCUAGACCAUGAUGUGAAGAUCUGGGCACCAACAGCAGAAGCCUCCACUGAGCUAACAGGGUUAAAGGAUGUGAUCAAGAAGAACAAGCGAGAGCGGGAUGAGGACAGCUUGCAUCACACUGACCUGUUUGAUAGUCACAUGCUGUGGUUCCUUAUGCACCACCUGAGACAGAGACGCCAUCAUCGGCGCUGGCGAGAACCUGGGGUUGGGGCCACAGAUGCGGACUCUGAUGAGUCUCCCAGCUCCUCAGACACAUCGGACGAGGAGGAGGGCCCUGACCGGGUGCAGUGCAUGCCAUCCUGAGGCCCCAAACUUGGGAGGGAUGGGCCGGGGCUGCUGACCCGCUCCUGCCUGGGCAGCUCUUUUUCAGCCCCAGGCCCUUACAUUCAACAGAAAUGCACUUUGGACUUUUUGUUUAAAUAAAAGAAAGCUAUCUGAGGAGGACAGAGCACGGGAGGUUGAGCCAGCAGAGAACCCCUAGAAGUGAGAGAUGAGACCGAGCCCUGAAUGAGGUUCCAUGGAAGGUGCGAAGGACUCAGAGAAGUGGCCUCUCCCUGAAGCCUUUCGUCAACUGGCUUCUUUUUCUUCUUUUUCUUUAACCUCCCUUGUUUCUUUUGGAGGGUGGGGGGUGUAGUACCAACGGGCCAGAGAGAAGGGUGGGAAGGCCACUCUCUUUGGUUUAGGGUUUUCACUUUUUUUUCCCCUUUGUUUUUUAAGAAGUCUGACAGUUGCAUUGGGGGUUUUUGUUUGUUUUUUGUUUUUUGUUUUUGUUUUUUUUUUUUUGGGGGGGUUUGCCCUGAGCAAGCACAUCCCAGGAUCCUGUUUUCUGGGAAAUCCUUAGAGCCCCCAGCCAUCCCAGCAAUCCCUCUCUCUCCCUCCCACAACACUUAAUUCUCUGUCCUUAUCACAGUGCUUUGCUCUUUCUUCACCCGUCACCCUCUAAAUGGGGUCUGGGAUGGAGACUGUGGAGAUGUGGGAGGGUCAAGAGGUGGAAGAACAGGAAGAAGUUACCUCUUGGUUUUGUUUUUAACUGUUCAGUGGCAGCAAUUUCCCUGUCCCUAUCACUGUUAGAGGCCUAAUUUUAUAUCUAUAAAUAUAUUAAAAAGCAAGUUAAACUUGGAUGUAUCAAGUUAAAAUUAUUGUCAGAAGUUGAAAUACCUAUAUAUUCUCUAUGAACACAAUGCAAUAAAGGGGCUGGAAGACGAAUGAGCGAGAGUGAUGCUGUAGAGGUGGGGUGGGCCAGCCAAUUGACCAUCAUGGUUGCUGGCAGAGCCUAGGGCUUCCCUGGAGCUUUUACAACGCUUAAGGAUGGGAGGAUAUUCAGCUGUGCCCUUCUCGGCCUCAGCGCCGAGCUUUAGAAAAACAAAUUCAACUUUGCCUCAGGUCUCCUAAUUUUUUGAAGUCUUGUGGAGGCUCCCAAGAUUGCUCCUCUCAUUAGAGGCUGGCCGGUCCUUAAAACAUGACUGAAGCGUGACUUCAGGAAGGGGCAUCACUGCUACAGACUGUCUCCUGGUUCUGUAGAUGACAGAAAGCACACUCGCCCUCCCUUUAGCUGCUUGAUUCUUUAAGCAUUCAACUCCACACCAGCUCCCUUCCUAAUGGAAGGAUGAAGGGAGAACUUCCAGGAAUCAAGGGACAAGCCAGUAACUGAAGGAUUUAUUCUGGUGACUGGGGCUUAGACACCUGUCUUCAGCACUGGCCACUGAGUAUGAAAGUCCCUGUGGAACUCUUACCCUAAAUGCUUGCGCUUCUCUUCCUAUACCCAUGGUGUUCACAAGAUCCAGUCAGGAAUCCUGCAUCAUGGGAUGGCUGGAUUUGACCUCACUGGGCCAGGAGGAAGGGGGAGAGUGGAGGGUGAUGCCCUACACACUUUCCUCCUGACCCCAUCCAGCAGCACAGACCAGACGCCAGCUGCUGGUCCUCCUUCGUGAGAGGGGAGUGUGUGGUAACUGAGUAGUCUUAUGUCCUCACUGCUAGAGGGAUGAUGAGGUGGGCUUAAAACCAUGCACUCUGGAAUUUGUUGUAUUUUUUUCUCAGUAAAGCUUUUCCCCUGACUGCUG